AUGAUCACUCCGUCGAUUUCAGAAGACAACCCUUUUCAGGUGUUGAUUGCAGAGUCAAAUAAUGACCCGACUCAAUUGCAAUCGCGCUAUGAAACCCAUCGCACAAAUCGAAAUGCGCAACAAAAGGCAAAAAUUUUGGCAGAAGAUUUCCCAGGCUGGUCUAUAGACGAGAUCCUGCGUCGUCUUGAUGGUCCUGCCAAAGAAGAAGGAUACCUCGACCCUCGCAACUGCCUCGUCAUCUGGGCUAGACCUCCUCCCCAUAUCCGAGACUUGAUCGCCUUUGUUCAAAGCGAACUGAAAGAUGUUGCUCCUUCUAUUUGGCUGAUGCCACCUGGAAAUCUCCACACGACCGUCUUGGAAGUGGCCCAUUCUUUGACAGCAGAACAGAUCCUCGAGCUUGUCCAAACCUUAAAAUCAUCAAAGAAUGUCACCGAGAAGAACAUCUCAGGAUAUCCCCUCAAACAUCAAAGCCGGCUCUUGAAGCCAAUGGUGAGCUUUGACUCUGCGGCACUUGCUCUGAGCUUCGUUCCCGCCGCAGGCGAAGGCCCAGCGGGAGUUUCUGAGGGCCAUGGGGAUCAGUACACAUAUCACCACCUUCGCCGGGACAUUUUUGACUUGGUUCGUCAAACUGGUCUGCCUGUUGCUUCACGUUAUAUCGUCCCGUCAGCUCACAUUACCAUCGCACGAUUCAUCACUCGUGAUGGGUUUCUUGUUGAUCAAGCAGAAGGCAGAGAAGUGAUUGAUCCUGCUCGAGUCAAAUUACUGGUCGACAGAAUUGGUCGUAUCAACGAAAUUUUAGAAAGCCGAUAUUGGCCACAGUCUGACGGUAGCUAUCCAAAAGAAGGUGAAUGGGUUGUUGGACAGGAUCAGGCACUUGUGAUCCGGAGGGGCCGCCUGUGGUAUGGAGGGGGUCAAGAUAUAUGA